CAUCCAAUCUGUUCUACCACUUUAUUGAGCGAUAGCUCAAUCGCUCCCGUCUGAUUUGCCUGAUCUUCCUGCACACCCCUUCGCCCACCCGCUUGGGAAGAACCUCCCGAAAGAUUCAUUCCUCGCGCGCAUCUCGUUGUCAUCCUUGAAUCCUCCUGAUGUUGCCCUUCUUGUUUAUGCCCUUGUGUGGCGCGUGCGUUCGCCAACGGUCUCCGGGCGACGAGUUUGGGUCGGGAACAUCUGAUCCUGGAGGGAUCAUCGGAAAGCUUAUUCUUCUCGCAUCUCUCGGUUGGCCGAAUGCUUCGCCCCUCCUUCCCCGUGUGUGACAGCUCUCAGCUGUCGUUGACACAGGUGGUGUUAGACCAUAACUCAAAGGGAGGUACAAAGGCACAAGAACCUCUACUUCGCUCCUCACUGAGGGCGUUCAGUUUGUGCCGCUUACAUUGGGCAAAGUCGAGGCGUCCGAAACGUUGCUGGUAUUUUUCUCAACUUUUCCAAGAGACGAACCUGUGUGGAAGGACAUAGGGAUCACCGCGGGAAAUUGGACAAUGGUUCCGUCGAAUGAUCUACGUGUAUUGUCGGUAACGCUUUUCCUAACAUUUGCUGGAUCAGUACUGGCUAGUGAACAUGAGACGCGGCUGUUGGCUGAAUUAUUCAAAAACUAUAACAAGGUGCUUCGGCCAGUGAAGAGUCACAAUGAUAUCGUUAAUAUCACGGUGGGACUACAGCUUAUUCAACUCAUCAAUGUGGAUGAAGUCAAUCAAAUUGUGGAAACUAAUGUGCGCCUGAGACAGCAAUGGGUUGACUGGAAUCUUGGCUGGAAGCCAGCUGAUUAUGGUGGUAUUGAAAAGAUCCGAGUGGCUUCUUCUAAUCUCUGGCUCCCAGAUAUCGUCCUAUACAACAAUGCUGAUGGUGAUUUUGCAAUUGUUCACAUGACCAAAGUGCUCCUGGAAUACACAGGAAAAAUAAUCUGGACACCUCCAGCAAUUUACAAAAGUUACUGUGAAAUUAUUGUGACACAUUUCCCAUUUGAUCAGCAAAACUGCAGCAUGAAACUGGGGACGUGGACCUAUGAUGGUACAAGUGUCGCAAUAUUUCCGGAAAAUGAUCGGCCAGAUUUGAGUAAUUUCAUGGAGAGUGGCGAAUGGGUGAUGAAAGAUUAUCGUGGAUGGAAACAUUGGGUGUAUUAUACCUGUUGCCCAGAUACCCCUUACCUGGACAUCACCUACCACUUUGUCAUGCAACGCCUUCCCCUUUACUUCAUUGUGAAUGUUAUCAUCCCUUGUCUGCUCUUCUCCUUUCUGACUGGUUUGGUAUUUUACUUGCCUACUGAUUCAGGUGAGAAGAUGACUCUGAGUAUCUCUGUUUUGCUGUCUCUGACUGUGUUCCUUCUGGUUAUCGUCGAGCUGAUUCCUUCGACUUCCAGUGCCGUGCCUUUAAUUGGCAAAUACAUGCUUUUCACAAUGAUAUUUGUCAUCACGUCAAUUAUUAUUACAGUCAUUGUGAUUAACACCCAUCACCGCUCGCCAAGCACACACACAAUGCCGCAGUGGGUACGCAAGAUUUUUAUCGAUACCAUACCCAACGUGAUGUUUUUCUCAACGAUGAAACGACCCACGAAGGACAAGCAAAAGAAAAGGAUUUUUAAUGAUGAAGUGGACAUCUCUGACAUUUCUGGAAAACAAGAACCAGCGUCUAUCACCUUCCAUACGCCAUUGACCAAGAACCCAGACGUCAAGAGUGCCAUUGAAGGAGUGAAAUACAUCGCAGAGCACAUGAAAUCGGAUCAGGAAUCCAGCGAUGCUGCAGAGGAAUGGAAAUUUGUAGCUAUGGUGAUCGAUCACAUUCUGUUGGGUGUCUUCAUGAUGGUCUGUAUUAUUGGGACACUGGCAGUAUUUGCAGGUCGUCUCAUUGAACUCAAUAUGCAGGGCUGAAACUUCAUGGUGAACCGAUAGACAGAGAUGGGAAUAUGAAGUCUGGGAAGAGAAAGCUAACACUGCUUUACACUGGGUUGCUCAUUAAGAAAUUGGAAGGUUUUGAAUAAUAAUAUUUGGAUCAUUCUAGAAUAUACUGAUUUUUUAAAAACAAAAUAGAAUUGAAUUGCAUUUUGAUUGGUUUAUCAUAAAACGUAGUUACUGAUUUUAAUAAUUUGAUCACUCAAUCCACAACUGUUUGUGGGACACUGCCUGUGCAGUUGUUUGCCACAUUUUGCAAACAAACUACACAGUCAAUUGACUCUACAGUAUAUUCUGUGAAGCACUUUGAGAUGUCUUGAAGACGUGAUAAGGCGCUAUUUAAAAUACAAGGCAUUAUUAUUAUUAUUUGUAGUCAUUUGUAACUUGAUAAUGAAAAAACAGUUGUGUGGAAAAUGAACAUUGUACAAUGAGAUUCAUACAUCUAAAAAUUGUUUUGUUGUGUGAACAUAGAUAGUUCUUCUCUCGUGUCUAAUCAUACACCUAUUUUAUAGAUUAUUAAUAAAUACUGGCGAAGUGA